CCUCUGCUGACGCCUUCUCCUGCGCGCUCAACAAGGGCCCCUCCACACCACACACAUGGCCUGCUACGACCUCUGCCGCCCCUGCGGACCCACCCCGCUGGCCAACAGCUGCAACGAGCCCUGUGUCAGGCAGUGCCAGGACUCCCGCGUCGUCAUCCAGCCUCCCGCCGUGCUGGUCACCCUGCCAGGACCCAUCCUCAGCUCCUUCCCCCAGAGCACCGCCGUCGGAUCCUCCUCAUCCGCUGCCGUGGGCAACGUCCUGGGUGCCCAGGGAGUGCCCGUCUCCUCUGGGGGCUUUGGCUUCGGAGGUCUGGGCUGCUACGGUGGUGGAAGAGGCUGCAACAUCUGCUAAGGGCCAUUGACAGCAUGUCUGAAACCAGCCAUCCACCCCGUGGAAACAACAUCAUGGAUUAAGGACAAACCUUUGGGCCAAUGCUAGUACACGGACUCAACAUCUACAACUCCUUCUCUCAACACACAGUGAAGGCAAGCAGGGAAAGGACCCGGUUUGAAUUCUCUGCAACCAAGGCCUUUGAGCAUCUUCCACUUCUCCAACUUUGUUCUAUGCAUUGGUCUUUCUGCUAUGUUCUUCCGACUCUCCUGCAAACACCUUCUCACACAAGAAGCACAUGAAGUACCAACCUUGUGAUAUUUGCACUGUGGGGCACAAAGAUCUCAGGGCCCUGGCAAUACCUGCUACAUACAAUGUCUUAUUGCUGCCCCACUUCACCUCUCACUGGUUCCCUUCCACUUGGUGCUCCUGCCUUUUCACUGUGUUUAUAUUCAAUAAAGUUCUCCUGCAUCCCA